CCUAAAACAAAGGGGAAACACAGGCCUAAUCUGGUUACAUAAGAAGCCACUGAGUCUGCAGACUGCCUCUGUGGUAAUCCUCUAAACUAUUCAUGUUCAACUGUCCCACAGCAGCACAUUAACACACACAGGACGCAGUCACUGUGCGCAAACCUGUGGCUCCGUGCGGCUCUUCUCAGGCGCGGAGUCGCUGUGCAGUAAAAAGUGCUGGAAGCGCACUCUGGUCGCGGCUAUAAGCGGCGUAUAAACGCCUUUUUCUGCCGAGAAAAUUGCCUUGUCUCGUUGCAGCUGGCGGCUCAUUGCGCUUUGUGCCCGUGACGAUUCCGCUGACGCGCCACUAGCCGCACCACCCAUGAGACAGAGAGGAGAACUGUGAGCGACGGAGAGGGGCUGGACACCGGACUCUUUCUUCUCUUCCCUCCUCUGCGACCGCAGACGAACGCCUUCUGUCCUCUUCAAGACCCACUCUACGAUAUUUAAGCAGCAGUCAAACCAGUAGCAUCACCCAGACUCCCCAGCAGCGAUGGAGGUACCAGGCUUGGCGCACAAUAUCACAAGCCCAUUAAGUCCCUGCGAGGGGAUGAUGAAGGACCUGCGUCUGGAUUCCAUACAGUUAUGCGAAAGAGACGGUAGCAAAUCCCAGGAUGGCAGCAUGGAGGAACUCCCUGUUCCUCAGAACAUCAAAAUCAGCAACAUCACUUGCGACUCCUUCAAGAUCUGCUGGGACAUGGAGGCGCAGAGCAAGGAACGCAUCACACACUACUUCAUUGACCUGAAUAAGAAGGAGAACAAAAACUCAAACAAGUUUAAACACAAGGAUGUUCCCACCAAGCUCGUGGCCAAGGCGGUUCCUCUGCCCAUGACGGUGCGGGGCCACUGGUUCCUGAGCCCCCGCACGGAGUACACCGUGGCCGUCCAGACGGCAUCCAAGCAGACCGACGGCGACUACGCCGUCUCCGAGUGGAGCGAGAUCAUUGAGUUCUGCACUGCUGAUUACUCUACGGUGCAUCUAAACCAGCUGUUGGAGAAGGCCGAAGUCAUUUCUGGGCGGAUGCUGCGUUUCUCUGUCUUCUACAGGAACCAACAUAAAGAGUACUUCGAUCACGCCAGGGAGGCGCAGGAGAACCGGAUGCUGCCGUCAGUAAAAGACAACAGCGGCAGUCACGGCUCACCCAUCAGCGGCAAGCUGGAGGGCAUCUUCUUCAGCUGCAACACAGAGUUUAACACCGGCAAGCCUCCGCAGGACUCCCCCUACGGCCGCCUUCGCUUUGAGGUCCGGGCUGACACGCUCUUCAACCCCGACACUAAUCUGUACUUCGGAGACUUCUACUGCAUGUACACAGCCUACCACUAUGUCAUUCUGGUCCUGGCACCAAAGGGCUCCCGGGGCGACGAGUUCUGCAAGCAGAGGCUCCCGGCGCUCGACAUCAGCAACAACCGCUUCCUGACCUGCAACCAGGACGACGAGGGUGGUCUGGUGUUUCAUCACGCCCAAGACGUCAUCUUGGAGGUGAUCUACACGGAGCCCGUGGACCUGGCUCUGGGCACGGUGGCAGAGAUCAGCGGGCACCAGCUGAUGAGUCUGUCCACAGUAAACGCCAAGAAGGACCCCAGCUGCAAGACCUGCAACAUCAGCGUGGGCCGCUAAAAGGGGGACGAAUGUCCAAGAAGGGGAGAGAAGGACUUGAUUUGACUGACCCCAUCCACACAAAGACAGGUCACAUGUACUGAUGAAGCAGACAAACGCAUGCAUGAAGCAGCAAAUUUCUAAGGCUCAUUACUCCCCUCCCUAUCCGAAACCAUCAUUCCCAAAGACGAAAGAAAAAAAAAGGGGGGUAGGUAAACACUCAAAAUCAUCAUCAUCCAAUAAGGGUAAAAACACCGAAAUUCAUAGAUCCUUUCAUCCAUCAGCUAGCUCAUAUUUGUAUACUGACCAAACCCUUUAACUGUACUAAAAAAAGUCUGCUUCUAUUAAACUUUCUGCUUCUUUUAUAGAGUUAUCCACGUUAAAUUAAUAAUCUUAGCCUCGGUGUUGCUGAUGCACUGUUAAAAAGCAAUUUAGACUCUGGAUUGACUUUUUUUCUGAAUACUAUUGCAUUACAUUUCUAUCAUUUUAGACUGAUUCAGACGCCUAUUUACCUCCUCCUAGUGGCAUGGACUGGUACUACAGUUUUCUAGGGCUGCAACACUCGUAAUCAGUCCAUUUAAUUUCUUUCAUACCAAAGGAAUUAAAAACCAGACGUUAAAUCGCUGUGAAGUCUGAACCGUACUAAUGCAACAGUCUCUCCGUGUGUAUCCAAAAAAAUCUUUGGUGACCAACUGUGAGCAAAUUAAUAAUUUAGAAAAAAAAAAAAAAAGCACGAUGCAGUUCUGUGCAGCAUGUGUUGAAGCUGUCAGCACCUCCAUCAUGGAAACCUCUGCAACAGCCGCUCUUAUUUCAUUAUCAGUGUAAAGUAAGUAGAACCAUGAAAUGUGUUUUCGCAGAUUAAAUGUGAAAAAAUAUUUAUUUUUAUUAAUACACUCAUAUAUAUGGAUAGAUAGAUAUAAAUACAUAGAAAACUAUAUAAACCAGAAGUGCACAAUCUCAAAAGCUCAUAUCCUUGUCAACAUACACAUUUGUGGGGGAGGGGGUGACUUCAUAUAGGCAUAAAAAAGGGGAAGUUAACACAAAUUUCAAAUACAACUUGCACUAUGACGCCUACGUUCACUGCAUACGUUACAAGAUCAACAUCUAAAUUGGAUGAUCAUAAUUUAGUUGAGCGAUGAAAUUCUGAAUGCAUAUCAUAGCACAAUGUAGGACAAAAAACUGACAUGCACAAACACUGCUGGAUGUCUCAGUAAUUGCAUUUAAGCUUACUUCAUUAUUUUCAUAAAACAGCACUUUGACAAAUGCAAUUUCCACGUCAACUAUGAGGGAAAGAAAAUCGUUUUGGCAUUAAAAAAGGGAGUGAGUAGCAAAGUGCCAUAAUAUACAUGAAGUAUUCAUAAAUUAGUUGAAUGUAACUAAGGCUGCUUCAUUGUUGACAUGGUAACUGCACCAAAUGGCUAUAACAGGGUUAUAAAAGUGUCCUACUUGAUGGGAACACAAAAGAUCUCGACCCAGUAUUUAUUUAGCGUCAACGAUUUCAAAAUCCAGUUCUCUUCAUGUAAAGUGCAUUUACAUUAUGAGCAUGGAAUGAAAUAAGACCCAUCAGCAUCAAACUUUUUUUUUAUUUCCAAAAAAACGAUCGAGUUGUAUUGUUAAAUAAAACAAAAAAAGUCCCACUGUGAUGACUCAACUUGCUUUAGUUGAGUCUUGUUUACUGAGCAGAGCCUCCAGUAGACGGAGCUUCGCCUUGAGGUUCUUGUACUGGCAGUACUCCUCCGCCAUUGGUCCACGGUCCUCUUUCUGACAGGCCCUGUUAGCAUGAGAUGCAGGUAAGAUGAUGCAAAAAUGGCAAAAAACCCUUUUCGUUUUUCGAAGAUUCGAAACAAACUGCAGCAGCUUCCACGACUGGUUGAUGGUCCCUAUGUUGCCUUACUCAGAUAGCUUUGUACAGUGUGUGUAUUGUAUUCAACAACUAACUGUAUUUACUUUGGAGAACUAACAUGUACAAUGCAAAUGAUGUGUACAGUUCAGAACAAAUGUCUAUCUCUGUCUCCUUCUUGAGCUCUCUGUGCUGGGUUAACGUUACAUGGGCGUGCAUUACACUGUUGUACCAUUACGAUGGUUCUUUCUUUUGUAGAUGUCUUCUGUUUUUCACAAGGCAUUGUUUAAAAAAAAAAAAUCAUGUUCCUAGUUUAUUAAAAGACUGAAUAAAACAGAAAUGCCAAGAAA